CACACCCAUACACUUUCAUCAUUGUUGAAGCUGAAAGAUCGCUUUAGCGGGGUAUCAAGGGUACUUUCGUCAACUAUCAUGUCGUGACGGCUAGAUUAUGGCAAACACGGGGGUUGUCGGAAGCUGGUUUCCAACAGGAUUCCAUGGACAUCUCCGAAGUAGACCAAGGAAUGACUUUGUCUGUGAGUUCCGAAAACUAGCUCGACCUCAACCACCAAAUAAAUUUAUAGCCAGGUCACAGGUUAAGCCAACAGCACAUGUGUUUUCUGCACAUGACAACAGAAGUGCAUUUUUUGGGGAUGCUCUUUAUUUUGAACAGGGGCUGGGUCGUAGACGUGACCCUAACAAAUCUUACAGAUAUAAACGUGACUUCAUAUCCUGGGUACCCCCAGGAAGAGCAGUAGAGGAUUACCCUAACUACCCUUUAGCCUCCACCUAUAGAUUAAACUUUCAGUAUGAUGAGCCGGGAAAACCUGUGCCUCAAAUUAUUGUAAAGAGGCCGAUGACCUCUUUUGAAGGUGUGCCUACAACAACCUACAGGUAUUCCCAUAGCAACACUAAGCACACCAAAGAGGUGCUUGAUGCAAUGACCAAUGCAGCUUUUGUAAAUGUAAGUUCACAAAAGCCUCACCGAUCACAGAAGCCCCGGCCAGAGAGUGUAGCAAGCUGCAUGACAUGGCAUGUCCCUGAACCCCCGAAGCGGACACGUGUUCCCUCUGCGACACAGACGACAGAUUUCACUCAAGUUCCAGUGUCCACUGGGUCAUCUUGUCAGAUCAACAUAUCCCCAUCAGAGUCAAAGUCUGGAACGAUUGCCUGGCCACACCCACCACAAGCUGCAGAGACUGCAUGACUCUGACAUUUCACGUCCUAUUUCAGCAAUGACUUUGAGCUGUUGUGGCAUACGUUGAUGUAUUGAGGAGUUCUGUUGUGACAUGAAUGAGACCAUCAUUUUAAGACAUAAUCCUAUAUUUUACCCUGUUGGGGGCAGUGAGUCGCUAAUGUAUAAACAACUUGUUUCUUUUGGUUUUUUUUUUUUUGACUAUAAUCAUUGAUAGAUUGCUUAGCCGAGUUUGUCCAGAUAUGCUCACCUAAUUUUCUGAUUUUGAUUUUGUUUUGCAUCAUUUCUUACUAUGGUAGUAAAUAUAGGCCUGGAUUGUUGGUUGUCAAAUUACAGAGGCCUUGCAUGUUGAUUAGUUCUGGCAAUUUUUUGUAUACAAUUUUCGAGCCAAUGAAACAAUCAAACAUGAAAUAUUUUUCAAGGCCAGAGUUUCGAGUGAUGUUUGGAUGAAAUGUAAUUCAGUAUUUGGGGCAAGGUGGAGCAGUUUAUGUAAAGAUUUGUGAUGUAUAAUACAUGUUUUGAUCCAUUUUAAGGAAGGAAAAAAGAAAGAAGAAAACAUUGUUUUAGACUAACUUUGUUGUCUUAUGGGUAAAUGUGGAUUAGGGUUAAGACUAUGUGGAUCUCCCUUUAUUGUAAAAUUUGAUAGAAACUUGGCUACUGCAUUUUUGUUGGUCAGGUAUAGAUAUAUCUACCUGUAUGUAUCUUAUAUAUAUUAUUUUAUAUUCAUAAUUCACUACAUUUGUAUUUAGUAUGUGCAUGUCUGCUGGCAUUAUCUUUCUCUUAUAACACCGAGAGGCAGUAAUAUAGCUUCAAAAGAACAACUAUGCAGGCAUCAGUGUCUAUCUAUGCAGAAUUACAGCAUCUUCAAUCUGGCACAAAAAAGGCCACCGUCUCCAGUUAGAUGUUGUAAAAGCUUCUUAUGUGAGAUUGCAGGCUCAAGCUCUUGUCAAAUAAACUUUUUUCUUUAAAUGUA